CCCCCUUCCUCCCUGCUUCCUUCCUCCCGUCCCUUGUUCUUUCUUUCUCUCUCCUUCUCUUUCUCCGAUCCCCCCCUCCUAGCUCUCUGUGCCGUUUCCUCUCACUCACUCCAGAGCGGAGGCAGAUGAAGAGUUUUUCCAGCAGAGCCCCGGAGGAGUCAUUCAUCCACGGCAGGAGAUGACUGCUGGAAACACAGCGAACCAGAGCUGAGAGAAGCUGCUGGUGGCUCCAGGUUUCGUCCCUGAUGCCAAACAUUUACCACACCUGCCUCGAAGGAGCCAGGCAGGGCACAAGGAGAAAGUUCUUCCUAGGUCUCGGUAAGGAAACUGAAGAGACUCUACAGUGGCUAGCUUCAUGGCCGUGGAGCUGUUUCAUGUUCAAUGAAACCACCUGAGGAACAUGAGAUUUCCUCUUGGAGAAGGACGGAGGGUGCCAACGUGGGUACAGAGGGAGCAAGGUGGAUUUUAGUUCUUUCAUGUGAUUUGCACUGAGGUCACGAAGGUGGGGGGUGUGAGAAAGAGAGAGAAAUUGGAGUAAAUGCAAGGGGAGGAGAAGUGACAAGGACCUGAUACCAUCUGCCAAGAUGACAGAGGCCGUCCAGCUCCCAGCCCUUCAAGUGCCGGAGCAGCAAGAGGCGGCAGAGUGCACCCGUGCCUGGUCCAGCUCCUCCACACCAACCGUGCGCCGAAGGCGGUUCAGGAUGAGGCGCACCAGGAAUGUCCAAGAGCAGAGCCUAGAGGCGGCGCCUUCCGCCAACAAGGAUUUCCUGCAGCUUCCUUCCAUUGAAAUCACCCCUUCUAGUGACGAGGACACACCCUGGUCCAACUGUUCCACACCCAGCGCCUCUCCACGACGCAAACGCUUCUUGCUGCGCAAGUGGUUGAAUGUGAGGGAGAAGAAGGACUACAGCGAGAGCAGCAGCCAACAAAGCAGCCAGCAGAGCAGUCAUGACGAUGAUGCAUCCCGCUUCCUGAGCCCCCGAAUGCGUGAUGACAGCACUGCCAGUAAUUCGAACCGCAGCACUCCUGCUUGCUCCCCUAUCCUGCGCAAACGCUCCCGGUCUCCAACACCACAGGACUCCCAAGGAGACACCAUGGUGGAGAAAGGCUCCGACCAUUCUUCAGACAAAUCCCCUUCAACACCAGAACAAGGUGUGCAGCGCAGCUGUUCCUCCCAGUCGGGUCGUAGUGGGGCCAAGAAUUCCAAGAAAAGCCAGAGUUGGUACAAUCAUGAGAGACAACACAUCCGGAGAGUGUUGAGUCCAACCUACAAGCAGCGGAAUGAAGAUUUCAGGAAACUUUUCAAACAGCUUCCUGACACAGAGCGCCUCAUCGUGGAUUAUUCCUGUGCACUUCAAAGAGAUAUUCUCCUGCAGGGCCGCCUCUACCUCUCUGAAAACUGGAUAUGCUUCUACAGCAACAUUUUUCGCUGGGAAACAUUGUUGACAGUCCGUUUGAAGGACAUCUGCUCCAUGACCAAGGAAAAAACAGCACGGCUCAUUCCUAAUGCUAUCCAAGUUUGCACUGACACUGAAAAGGUAUAUACUGCAAAGGGCUCCAGAGCAGGAAAGCACUUUUUCACUUCCUUUGGUGCCCGAGACAGGACGUACAUGAUGAUGUUCAGGCUCUGGCAGAAUGCUCUCCUGGAUAAGCCCCUGUGUCCCAAGGAGCUCUGGCAUUUUGUCCACCAGUGCUAUGGCAACGAAUUAGGACUGACAAGUGAUGAUGAAGACUAUGUGCCUCCCGAUGAGGAUUUCAACACGAUGGGCUACUGUGAGGAGAUUCCAGUGGAAGAUAAUGAAGUAAAUGACAGCUCCUCAAAAAGCAGCAUGGAUGUCAAACCCGAAGCCAGCCCUCAGCUUCCAAAGAAAUCCAUCACCAACAGCAGCACGUUGACACCUACAGGAAGUAAUGAGGCUCCAGUCCCAUAUGAAGGUGUAGUUCCUGAGGAAGAAGAGGUUUUGGACAUUUCUGUAGAGAAGGAGCUGACAAUCGCCAGCCUGAUUGCUGACAAGAUAGAGAUCAUUGCUCCAGUGAAGUCCCCAUCCCUGGAUUUUAAUGACAACGAGGACAUUCCAACGGAACUCAGCGAUUCCUCGGAAACUCAUGAUGAAGGGGAAGUCCAGGCCUUUUACGAUGACCUGAAUGGGCGGCAGUAUAUGAAUGAGGUGUUCAAUUUUAGUGUGGAUAAGUUGUAUGACCUGCUCUUCACGGACUCUCAGUUUCUGCGGGACUUCAUGGAACAGCGACGGUUUUCGGAUAUUGUUUUUCACCCGUGGAAGAAAGAAGAAACAGGUAACCAGAGUCGCGUUAUCCUCUACACCAUCACCCUCACCAACCCUCUGGCCCCUAAAACUGCCACUGUCACGGAGACUCAGACAAUGUACAAAGCAAGCCAAGAGAGUGAGUGCUAUGUGAUAGACGCAGAGGUGCUAACUCACGAUGUUCCCUACCAUGAUUAUUUCUAUACAAUUAAUCGCUACACAUUAACGCGUGUUGCCAGAAAUAAAUGCCGACUCAGGGUUUCUACAGAGCUGCGAUACAGAAAACAGCCAUGGGGACUGGUGAAGUCCUUCAUCGAGAAGAACUUCUGGAGUGGCCUAGAUGAUUAUUUUCGCCAUUUAGAGAGUGAGCUGACCAAAACAGAGAACGCGUACCUGGCUGAGCUGCACAGGCAAUCGCCCAAAGAGAAGGCCGGCAAACAAUCCACGGUGCGCCGGAGGAAACGGCCUCACACGCAUCUGCGGGGGCCACACCUGGAGGAAGUCCUGAGCCCCGUCACCACUCCCACCGAUGAAGAGGUUGUAGGUCGGAUCAAGCGCGUGGCAGGUUCCACUCAAACACGGCACAUCCCCGAGGAAAGUCCUGCCGGCUUCCACCUGCAGAGCGUCUCCAAACUGCUGCUCAUUAUCAGCUGUGUUCUGGUGCUUUUGGUAAUCCUCAACAUGAUGCUCUUCUACAAGCUCUGGAUGUUGGAAUACACCACUCAGACCCUCACCGCAUGGCAGGGCCUGCGGUUACAGGAAAGGUUACCCCAGUCCCAAACCGAAUGGGCCCAGUUGUUAGAGUCCCAGCAGAAAUAUCAUGACACAGAGCUCCAGAAGUGGCGGGAGAUCAUCAAAUCCUCUGUGCUUCUGCUAGAUCAGAUGAAGGACUCGCUAAUAAAUCUUCAGAACGGCAUCGGAUCCCGUGAAUAUCAGUCGGAGCCAGACGACAAGCGGAAACGGUUCUACUAGUAGGCAGGAACGCAAGCGGCCAGAGGACUGUGUGCAAUACGUGUACAUAGAAU